AUGCGUUUUCUCUUGCUCGUCACCUGUGUUUUUCAGUUCGAAGCUCGGGCGGACGUGCUCGGCUGGGCUGGUUGGUCACCGUGGACACCGUGCUCGAAAACGUGUGGCGGCGGUGUUUCACAGCAAUUGCGUCGUUGUCUCGACGUGAAAUGCUCGGGUAUUUCCGUUCGAUUUCGGGUUUGCAAUGCUAAAGAAUGUGAUAAGCCUUCUCGAACGGCGAGGGAAACGGUUUGCGGAGGAGAGACGAUUCUAUCGAAACAACAGUGUGAAGUGGUGUGUCGAUCGACGAGUUCUGGAGCGAAAUUCAUUUGGAGAGUCGGCGAUGGGACACCGUGUCAAGGGACAACUCAUCGCUCCGUUUGUGCAAAUGGAGCUUGUCAGGCAGUCGGCUGUGACGAUGUCGUUGGUUCGACUCUCCGUUUAGAUGCUUGUGGUGUUUGUGGUGGACAGGGUGAUACGUGUGAAGCGGCACAUUUUGAUUGGAAAGAUUCGGGAGAAUACACGCCGUGUGCAAAAGAUUGCGAGGAGGCGGCAAGACUUGCACAAUUGGAUGGAGGAACUUUCGAUGCGCAAUACCAAAUCACGGUUUUCGUUUGUGUGAAUACCCAAUCCGGUCGGGUUGUUCCCGAGCGAAUGUGCGCAGAUCGAGAAAAACCAAAAAUCCAGCGAAAAGAGUGUCCACUGCUCGUCUGUCCAUCAAGAUGGCUUGCGUCGGAUUGGUCGGAAUGUGUUCCGACGUGCGGAAGUGGUUUGAGACAAAGGACUGUUUAUUGUGUACAGCAACAAGAGAAUCAUUCAAUCAAUGUACUCGAUAAAUAUUGUUUGGCUGAAAAGAAGCCGCCCUCAUCAGAAUCGUGUGUCUCAAAAUCAUGUGGUACAUGGGAUCCAGGUGCAUGGACAUCUUGUUCAGUCUCUUGUGGAACAGGGACACGUUCAAGAACGGUGAAUUGUGUCGGUGGCACCGAUUGUGACAAGUUGAAGAAGCCACAGGUUCGACAAGCAUGUUAUGCAGGAAUUCCAUGUAAUGUCAUACCGCCACAAGCACUCACAAUGGGAGAUGAGAAUUC